UGACUCGGCACUGAGAGAGCGCCGUGGAGAGAAGACGCCGCGGCCGCCGCCUCCUCAGUCCAGGCCUGGGCCUUCCCGCGCCUCCCGCCGCUUCCUCCCCCGGGACCGCUCCUCCGUCAGGUUUGAAGCCGGCGGCGUCGCGGCCGCCCUGCCCAGGCUCCCCGAGAAUGGUGGGCGUGAAGCCGGUCGGGAGUGACCCGGAUUUCCAGCCGGAGCUGAGCGGCGCGGGCUCCAGACUCGCCGUGGUCAAGUUCACCAUGCGGGGGUGUGGACCGUGUUUAAGGAUUGCCCCAGCAUUCAGUUCUAUGAGUAAUAAGUAUCCACAGGCAGUUUUCUUGGAAGUAGAUGUACAUCAGUGUCAGGGAACAGCUGCCACCAACAAUAUAUCAGCAACACCUACAUUUCUGUUUUUUCGAAACAAAGUGAGAAUUGAUCAGUAUCAAGGAGCCGAUGCUGUGGGACUAGAGGAAAAAAUCAAGCAGCACUUAGAGAACGACCCUGGGAGCAACGAGGACACCGAUAUUCCAAAAGGCUAUAUGGAUUUAAUGCCUUUUAUUAACAAAGCUGGCUGUGAAUGUCUGAAUGAAAGUGAUGAGCAUGGAUUUGACAACUGUUUACGAAAAGACAUGACCUUCUUGGAAUCUGAUUGUGAUGAACAGCUUCUUAUUACUGUGGCAUUCAAUCAGCCUGUUAAGCUUUAUUCAAUGAAAUUUCAAGGGCCAGAUAAUGGUCAGGGUCCUAAAUAUGUAAAAAUUUUUAUCAAUCUACCGCGAUCUAUGGAUUUUGAAGAGGCAGAAAGAAGUGAGCCAACUCAAGCUCUGGAACUAACAGAGGAUGAUAUUAAAGAAGAUGGUAUUGUCCCUCUUCGUUAUGUUAAGUUUCAGAACGUUAACAGUGUAACUAUAUUUGUUCAGUCCAAUCAAGGUGAAGAAGAAACAACAAGAAUUUCAUAUUUUACUUUUAUUGGGACUCCAGUCCAGGCAACAAAUAUGAAUGACUUCAAACGAAGAAUACACAUUGGCAAGUUGAGAGUUAUCAGCCUGUGAAACAGUAGUUGGAAAAAAAGGAGAAAGCCACUAAAGGUACAGAUGACACUGGAAGACCAUGUUGCAAUCAGAUCUACAGCUCCUGGAUAAUUGCUUGAUUCUCGCCAGAGACUUUCAAUAUUUCAUUCAUUUCCAUUACCAAUAAAUCAUUGCUUUUGUUCA